UUAAGUGCACUGAUCUGCAAAUGCCAUUUCAGUACACCCUCUUGGCAUCCACCUAUAUCUUUGAACAGGAGCCAUAACUCUAUAGGUCAACUUGAUGAACAUACUGAGAUACUCAAGAUGGGCAGCAAUAGUACCAGCACUGCUGAGAGUAAUUGCAAUGUCACAUGUCUGACAUUUCAGUACUCUCUCUAUGCAACCACCUAUAUCUUCAUAUUCAUCCCUGGUCUCCUGGCUAACAGUGCAGCCCUGUGGGUCUUGUGGCGCUUCAUCAGCAAGAAGAAUAAGGCCAUCAUUUUCAUGAUCAACCUCUCCGUGGCAGAUCUUGCUCACGUCCUGUCCUUACCUCUCCGGAUUUACUAUUAUAUCAACCGUAAUUGGCCAUUCCAGAGGGCUCUUUGCCUGCUCUGCUUCUAUCUGAAAUAUCUCAACAUGUAUGCCAGCAUUUUUUUCUUGACAUGCAUCAGCCUUCAGAGAUGCCUCUUUCUCCUCAAGCCAUUCAGAGCCAGAAACUGGAAGCGUAGGUACGAUGUGGCCAUCAGUGUUGCCAUCUGGGUCAUCGUGGGUACUGCCUGUUUGCCACUUCCCAUCCUGAGAAGUGCGGGCCUAGCCAACAACAGCGAAUCCUGCUUUGCUGACUUAGGGCUUCAUGACAUUAGUAUGGCUUCCUCCAUCGGCAUGGUGACGGCUGCUGAACUUGGAGGGUUUGUAUUGCCUGUUGUAAUUAUUACAUAUUGCACAUGGAAAACAAGAAAAUCUCUACAGGAAUUCCAUGAUCCACCCCAGAAUAUUAAAGAGAGGAAAAAGGCUUUGAGGAUGGUCCUAAUGUGUGCAGUGGUAUUCAUAGUGUGCUUCACGCCUUACCAUCUCAACUUCCCGUUUUUUAUGAUGGUGAAGCAACACGUCUUCUCCAACUGUUCUUUUAUUAAAAGCACUCUGUGUUUUCACAUCAUUUCCCUGUGUCUUGCAAAUCUGAAUUGUUGUCUUGAUCCAGUUGUGUAUUAUUUUAUGACUUCUGAAUUUCGUGAUCAAUUUUCAGAGCAUGGUAGUUUGUUCAUCCAGUCAUGUGUGAGAUGUAAGGACAGUACUUUGGAAAUUCAUCAGAGGAAGGAGAAUCUUCAGACCAUCUCUCUUGAAUGUUUGGAUGUUCCAACACAAUGUGAUGAAAUGAUUAUCUAG